AGCAUGGACUUCUGAAUCAGGUGUCCUUUCUAUGUUAAAAGUCGAUAAUUUGUUAAAACGUCUCAGUGUUGGUUUUCCUAAUAUGCCUAAAAGUUACAAAACACUUUUGAAAAGUAAUAUUAAUCCAGAAAUAAAUAUCUGUCAAAAUGGAGAGGAAUUAUGGUACAAAGGUGUUAGAGCUAAUUUGGAUCAGAUGUUAUUACAAGAUUAUUUGCAAAUUCAUAGAAAGAUUAUAAUAGAUAUUAAUAUUGAUGGUUUGCCGCUUUUUAAAAGUUCCAAACUUAAAUUUUGGCCAAUUUUAGGGCAUCUUAUUGGGACUCUAAAUGAACCUUUUAUUAUUGCCAUUUACUGUGGAAAAAAUGAUCCUCAGAAUAUUGAAGAAUAUUUAGAAAAAUAUGUAACUGAAUUAGAAGAUUUAUUUCAUAAUGGCUAUAAAUAUGAAGGCAACAAUUAUGAAGUUAUAAUUAGAAAUUAUAUUUUAGACGCUCCUGCAAGAGCAUUUAUUAAAUGUUGUAAGGGACAUUCAGGUUACGCAGCUUGUGAGAAGUGCACCGUCAUUGGAGAAUACAAUAACCACAGGAUUACUUUCAUAGACCUUAAUCAACCCCUCCGUACAGAUGAAUCUUUCAAAAAUCGCCAGCAACCUCAACAUCACGAAGGAACAUCACCACUUGAAAGAUUAGGAACUGGGCUUGUAUCGCAAUUUCGACUUGAUGCAAUGCACCUUCUAUAUAUUGGUGUAUUUAAAAGAUUGCUUCAUUUUUGGUUGUUUGUGGUUGGAGCAUGGAAACUGCAUGGAGAUAUUAUAAAUCUUAUAUCUGAAGUUUUUGUGUUUCUCAAGGAAUUCUGUCCCCAAGAUUUUAAUCGAAAGCCAAGAUCUCUAAACGAUUUUAAACUAUUCAAGGCCACUGAAUUUCGUCGCAUACUUUUAUAUGACGGCAUCGUUGCUUUCAAAAAUUUAAUUCAUCAUAAUAUCUAUAAACAUUUUCUUCUUCUACACAGUGCUGCAUACAUUUUGUCUAGUUCCACUCUUAUUCGCACUCAUCUUCACUUUGCUGAGCAAUUCAUCAGAACUUUUAUCUCUCAUUCAGCAGUUAUUUAUGGAAAGAGUUUUGUAGUGUAUAAUGUGCACUCACUCAGUCACUUAAGUAAGGAAUGUCAAGAGCAUGGUACUAUGGAUAAUUUCAGUGCCUUUCGUUAUGAAAACCGUUUAAAGUCAAUUAAAGAUUCCCUGAUGUCAUGCUAUAAACCGUUGCAGCAGAUAGCUAGACGUGAUCUAGGAAAGGAAAAGAUUAAAAUUAUUCUGGAUUCUAAGCCUAAUCAGUGUGUGCUCUCUUUAAAACACUUUAUUGCAAAUGAAAUUAUUCGUGGUUCACAAUAUCGUAAAGUUGUCAUUGGUAAUAUAUGCUUCAGAAUAGGAACAAAGGACUCUUGUUUUAAAACAUCAAACGGUAAUGUUGUUUUGCUAAAAAAUCUUGUUUACAGACAUCGAACUCUAUUUUUUGUUGGUUGUAAGUUUCAAAAACAGGAAGACUUUUAUACAUAUCCACUUCCUUCCUCUGAACUAGGUAUUAUCUGUGUUUCUCAACUUGAGGAGAGGAGACUAAUAUAUCCUCUCAAUGAUAUAGAAUGCAAGUGCUACUUGAUUCCAAAUCAAGAAACUUGGUUGUGUGUGCCGUUACUUCACACUAUUCCCAUAAUGAAAAGAGCCCAUGCAGCACAUUAAAUGAAUUAAUAAUUUUGUUAUAUUAAAAUUUCUGCCAACAAAUAAGGAUCCAGAUACAUAUUUCGAUGUUGGUUUAAAAAAGUGGAUUUGCACAGAUCUUGAUGAUGAAAUGUGCGGAAAAACAUAUUGGCCCCCUAAUUCAAACUCUGUAACACAAUUAGUAAAAACCGAAGAAUCUUUUAAAACUGAUUAGCCAAAACACGAUGUGGAAGUGAAAAGAUUUUACAAUACUUAUCCAAAAGCCCGUACAGCUAUUUCUGGAUUCCUCGCUGAUUCUAAUUAUGAAACUGAGAUAGAGCAGGGCCGAGGGA